AUGGGAGUUGUAGUUAGUGAUCACGUGGCAUCGUCAGGUUUCGCGCCUGGCCGAGAAAACCAUGAUGCUUACAAAACAACAAGUUCUUUUGCAAAGCUCCCAUGUCCACCACGAACCUUUCCUUUGUCCCAUAUUACACUCGCUGAAGCGUCAAUUUUGGCUGCAGUUUCAUCCAGCAUGUUCAAGUCAGCUCUCCGAGCUACGCCACGGCGCAUUGCGUCUUCUCGAAAUGCACUACGUCGGAGCUCUGCAAGACGACCCUUAAGCACGGCACCACCUUCGCAGAAAUCGCGGAGUUGGAAGAACAGUGCUGUAAGAUGGGGAUUGGCUGGUGCAGGCGUGUACUAUUAUAAUACGAGCAAUGUAUUCGCGGAGGAGCCAGAAGCUGCUAUUCAGAGGCUCGAUGAUUCGUUACAUAUUAUCCAGGAGUCGAGAGAACCUACGGUCGAUGCGAUAGUGGAGGAGAAGAGGCGGAGACAGGCACAAGCUGCCGCAGAAGUGCAGCAGAAACAACGGUUCGCUGAAGGAGGCCUUGAAGGGGAGGAGGAUGAUGGAGGAGAAGGAGGAUUGGAGGGAUUAGAGGACGAGGCUGGUCAGCAAGGUGCUUUCAAUCCGGAGACCGGAGAGAUCAAUUGGGAUUGUCCUUGUCUGGGAGGAAUGGCUCAUGGACCUUGCGGCGAGGAGUUUAAGGCGGCUUUCAGCUGUUUUGUAUAUUCGACCGAGGAACCAAAGGGCGUGGAGUGUAUAGAAAAGUUCAAGGGCAUGCAAGACUGUUUCCGACUGCACCCGGAGAUGUAUGGAUCUGAACUAGAGGACGACGAGGAUGAAGUCGAGGAGGAACUUCGUGCAAGAGAGAGUGCUGCUGCAUCUGGGGAUGAAAAUGAUACCUCUGAACGAACACAGCAAGUUUCUGAAAAGCCAGCCACUCAAAUUGAGGAAAAGAAACCAGCACAAGCGACCGAGGAGAAGCAGCCAGCCCAGGUAUCGGAGGAGAAGAAGGUGGCCGAGGAACUACAUCGUGAUACUAGCAAGACAUCUGCCGACAUUGUAUCAAAACGACAAGGUGAUGAGGGAGGAGAGUUUGUGCCAAAGGCUUCUCAUGAUGCUACUAAGGCCAACUGA